UUUCAGGUUCAUGUUCCAAGAACCUGCAACCUGUGCGCUUCUAACCCAAACUCAUCUUUUAUUUCUCCAACCGGGAUCAUGCAGGUCUUCUCUUAUCUACAGUUUCCUGUUCCCUUUUUCAUAUCUGGAGUAGUGGAGUACAAGUUGAUUUGCUGACGCUUUAUUCUAAUCUGGCUACGUGGCGGUGCUAUUCCUUAGGUGGCUUCUGGUGUUGGUAAUGCGAAUCAUACGGCUUAGGUUCCUGCUCUGCCCAUGUGCUGGAAUCUAUUAUUCUAUGGAAGCAACAAUUGUUAGAGCUGUUCACAUCUGACUAUGCAACCCCAAACGAAUUAGUCCUUUUGCAGUUGCUUGCUCCACCAAGGCGCAUUUCUUUUCUCCAUUUUUCGUCUAUAUUAUACAUCUCAUGGGGUCAAACACUUAUUUGGUGCCGGGUGAUUCUCCUCCGCACUGUUGUGAUUUAGAUUAAUUUCUUGGAUAGUCUUGCGGAAGCUCCCGUGUCCUUGUCCUUUUCAUGUUGUCGGCAAGGUCUAAUUCUGCCGUCAACAUGUCUUGGUUGCACCAUGGAACCAGAUUCUUUUCAAGUCUGACCUUCAUAAGGAGAUCACAUCGUUAUUACUCUGGAUAGAGAUGCUAGUUCAUUGGUCAUGAUAUUUACAGGGAAAUUACUUUAGCUGGCUGCUGUUGGUAUACCAUAAGGCUUUAUUUCCUGCUCUGCUCUUCUGGCCAUGUGCAUGAAACUAUUCCUGCUGUAGUCAUGUGUCCCAUGAGGAUUAUUCUGUAGAGUGACAAUUAUUACAGCUUUUCAUAUCUGACUAUGCAAAUUUAAGCGGAUUAGUUCUUGGCAGCUGCUUGCUUCAGGAAGGUGCAGUUCUCCUAUUUUUUCUGUAGAGCCUGUGGUCUUGUUUUUCCCUGCACGAGGUCAAAUUUGUUUGAUAGUGCCUAACUUCCUCCAGUAGUUCAUACUAGUUAGAUUUACCAUUUUUAUUCGACAUUCCCGCAAAAACUCUGGUGUCCUUAUCACUUUAAUGUUGUCUGCAGGGACUAGCUCCACCAAUAAGAACUCGCAGUUCCACCAUGUUCCGUGGAGCCAGAUCCUUUUAAAUUGAUUAAGUUUGACAUUCAGAAAGGGACAGCAUUUUUGUCUUGAAGCGGGUGUUGGUUCCUGGCCACGAUGGUUGCAGGGAAAAGAGCAUAGGUAACAUUGGGCAUGGAGUUCUUCACAGAAUAUGGGGAGGCAAGCCAGUAUCAGAUCGAAGAGAUCAUUGGCAGGGGAAGCUUCGGAGUAGUUGCUGCUGCAGUAGAUACCCAAACUGGGGAGCGGGUUGCGAUCAAGAAGAUACAUGAUAUGUUUGAGCAUGCCUCAGAUGGCACCCGCAUUCUUUGGGAAAUCAAGCUUCUUCGGCUUCUCCGCCACCCAAACAUAGUUGAGAUCAAACACAUCCUGCUCCCCCCUGCCCGAAGGGAGUUUAGAGAUAUUUAUGUUGUUUUUGAGCUCAUGGAGUCGGACCUACAAAAAGUGAUGCAAGUAAAUGAAAACCUCACUGCAGGGCAUCACCGGUAUUUCUUGUAUCAACUUCUUCAUGCCCUCAAGUACAUCCAUGCAGCUAAUGUAUUUCAUCGUGACUUAAAACCGAGCAACAUACUUGUCAAUUCGAACUGCAAACUAAAGAUCUGUGACUUUGGGCUUGCACGAGCAUCGCGUGAUGAUCCUCCCUUGGCUAUAUUUUGGACUGACUAUGUGGCUACAAGGUGGUACCGUGCUCCUGAAUUAUGUGGCUCAUUUUUCUCCAAAUACACCCCUGCAAUUGAUAUUUGGAGCAUAGGGUGCAUAUUUGCUGAAGUUCUCACUCGAAAACCAUUAUUUCCUGGGACGAAUGUCAAGCACCAACUAGAUCUGAUAACAGAUGUCCUUGGAACUCCAUCACAUGAAACCCUGUCCCAGAUUCGUAAUGAGAAGGCCAGGAGAUAUUUGACUGGCAUGAAGAGGAAACAUCCUAUCCCCUUUCCUAGUAUGUUUUGUAACGCUGAUCCUCAGGCUGUCCGUCUCCUAGAACGCUUACUCGCAUUUGAUCCUAAAGAUCGACCUACUGCUGAAGAGGCUUUAGCUGAUCCAUAUUUUGAAGGAUUUCCUAACUUGGAACAUGAGCCUUCACCACACCCCUUUUCAAAACUUGAGUUCGAAUUUGAGAGAUGGAAGCUAACAAAGGAUGGUAUAAGAGAUCUGAUAUACCGAGAGAUUUUGGAGUACCACCCACAGAUGCUUCAGGAUUAUAUCAGAGCUGGAGGACAGACUAGUUUCGUCUAUCCAAGUGGGGUUGAUGAUAUGAGACUGCAGUUUGUACAUCUUGAGGAGAACCACCUCAGAGGAGAAAGAGGUACUCCACUGCGGAGGCGACAUGCAUCUUUACCAAGGGAAAGAGUCUGUGCACCAAAGGGCAGUGAUAAUCAAGACUGUAACAAUGAGAGGAGGAGGACAGCAUCUUCUGCUGCCCAAACUACCAUAAGAUCACAACAAGAGGGGCUGACACAUGCAUAUGUUUAUCAAAAUGGCACAAGCAUUCCGAACUUCUGCUCAGGGUAUUACUUGCAGAAUGGUAGUACCAGUGCUUCCAGUUGUGUCAUCGAUGACCAUGAAGGCCUGAAGGAGAACGGCGUCUCUGAGGAGGAGAAGGUGGCCUAUGAACUGUCACAAUGUUUUGCCAGGAUUUAGCCAAGAUGCACUCCUAAGCAACCAUGAUCCCGACGCAGCUCCAAAUUUCAGCAGUGGUUCCACCAUGUAGUCUUAUGGGUGGAGGUGCUGCGAAUUUCACAGCAACCAUUUACAUUAUCUGAAAACAUGUAAUAAAUCUGAGUUGAAAAAUGUUGUGUUGAUCUGCAUCGGUAUACAUCCAGUGUAAAUUGUGUGGGCACCGUACUGUAAGAGUCUAGAAUCGAAGAACAUCGUGUGUGUGUGUGUGUGUGUGUGUGUGUGUGUGUGUGUGUGCGUGACAGAAAUAGCAGACAUUCAGUUUGUGAAUUGGUCAACUGCUGGUGGGUUCAGUGGGAGCAGGUGAAUGAAUCUGUUGCACGCAGGGCAAGCUCCCUGGCAGUGACGGACCAACAAGGGGCCCAUGCUGAAUCCAGUUAA